UCGUUCAAUGUACUCUGAUGAUUGCGCCUUUGCACUGGUGCAUGCGCUCGAAUAAUCAAUGUUGAAUUACGAUUUUUAAUUACAAAGAACGCUUCAAAGAGAAAAGCACGAAAAUAUUGUAAUUAGAAACAAAAAUUACGGUGAUUGACCGUGUUACAAGAGUAAAAUAGCUCCUAGCCAAAAUUCGUGUGUGCCAAAAUCAACUAAAUCAAUCGAAAAAAUGAGUGUUUUUGCGGAUUUUCGUCGAAUGUGGAUGAAACGAUUUCCGGAAAAUUCAUUGUCCAGCGAAUGGGAAGCAGAUGUCCGCGUUAGUUUAGAACGACACAAACAAAAAGUGGAUGAUUUGAGCAAGGAGCUCGAACAAGAGAUGCUCUAUGUUGAGUAUUUGGAACGUUUGCUCAGCGAUGUUGAGGACUUUCGCAAAGCAGGUGGUGAUCUAUCGGUUCCAUUUCAUGUGUCAGACAAUGACGGCAAUGAACAAGACGCAACAUCGGUCGCCAGCGCCGAACAAUCAAUCGAUAAACAAACGGAAAAAUGUGAUGACAUAGGCAGUGCAACAACUGAUGAACACACAUCAGCAUCGAUUAACGGGAACGGCAGUGCUACUGGUGACAAACUGACCACUGACACAGACUCGAAUGAAUUUUUAAACUCAAUGGCAGCUAUACGGAGUAAAGUGGAAAAAUUGAAUCAAAGCCGUGAACAAGGCACACUACAUCAUCAUCAAUGCAUCGAUGAAUUGACAUCACAUUUGCGAAAUAAUCAAUUGAAGGGCAUUGGAGAUGAAUCGAAAAUUGUGUCACCCACACGUUCGGAAACACCGACCAGUUUUGUGACAGUGAUUGAAGUGAAGGAUCCAUCGCCAUCAUCCAUUGCUACAUCACAAACAUCCACAUCGAUUUCGAUUGCGGCGACCGAUAGUGCUGAAUUCAAACCAGAACCAACAACACCAGCACCAACGUUGCCACCACAACAACCACAACAACAACAGGAAUCCAAAGAGGAGUCAGUGGCUGCCGAAAAACCCGAAGAGAAUAAUGCAUCACCCGUGCAAACGGUAGAAAUUAGGCGAAGAGUUCCACCAAGACCACCGCCAAAAGUUGCACGUCGUGGCCCAGUGCCAGAAGCACCAACAACUGCUACCAUCAUCGAAACACCACCAUCACCUUCGAUGACAACAUUUGGCCAUUCGCCAAGCAAUAACAACAGUCAAACCACAUCCGAUUCAAAUGUUAAACCAUCGGAAUUUCUUCGACACAAACAUAACGAUGAAAAAUUGUCAUCCGUUUUGCUCAAGUAUACACAGCACGGUAACAUCACAAAAUCCGGACAAAAUAGCAGCUCUGAAAGUCUUAUCAAUAGUACAAAUAACGAAGAAACAUUACACGUUGAAUCAUUUCCAAUAUCAGAACGGAUAAAAAGCUACGAAUCAAUAUCAUCGUUGAGUUCGGAUGGACUAAAAGCCGUUGCAUCGAAUGCGAACAAUACCAGUGCAAACAGUUCGUACAAUGCAAUCGAUCACAAUAAUAGUGGCGGCGGACAAAUUGACACCGAACCGUAUUACGAUACGGUUCCGAUCGAAGAGACUGACGAUGAGGUCGAAGUGGAUGACAGUGAUUUGAGAACCAGUUCAUUACCAAAAGUAUUAGAGAGCCAAAUGAGUGUUGAAAGUGGUCAAGUUGGUGAACGUGUAUCAAAUUACAUAAAUAUUGACUACUUUUUGUCUAGGCAAAAUCGAAAGCUACGGGAUAGCUCGAAUGAAAGUGAUGAUGACCUUGAUGCAGGCACCUCAUCACCACCGCCACGUUCCACCAUUGAUGAUACCAAAAAUGUAUUGCCCUCACAAAUUAAAGCCGUUGCGCACGCUGAUAACCAUCGAAAUGUUCAAAUUCGAAACAUAAUCAGCAGCAUUAUUACGAGUGAAACAUUUUAUGUGGAAUGUUUAACCAAAAUGUUACAUUAUAUGAAGGCAAUGGCAGCGACGUUAACCACAUCACGUCCGGUCAUAAGUAGAAAUGAGUUGCAAACAAUGUUUUUCAAAGUGGAAGAAUUGCAUGUAGUGCAUACAGAGUUUUUAACAUCACUGAAAAAUAAAAUUGCAAUGGAGAGUCGCGAUAUUCACAUUGGUGAUGCAUUUGAAGAGCUUGCCAAACACAUUCAUAUUUACGGUGCAUUUUUGCAUAAUUAUGGUCAAGCCAUUGAUACGGUUAAGAAAUGUGGCGAAAAUAACAAUCAGUUCAAAGAGAUUGUAUCGAAAAUCGUGUUAAAUUCAAAAAAUGAACAAUUGCUCACGCUGGAAGAUCUACUGCAUAAGCCGGUUGCACGACUACAGAAAAAUGCAUUGGUUCUGCAAGAUUUAAUUGACGAAACACCAUCAACACAUGCCGAUUACAAACCAUUGAUUCAAUCACAAAAAACCACUCACAAAUUAUUGUCGGAAUUCAAUGUCGUUCAAACCGAACUACUAUCCAGUGAAGACAAAGCAUUGAGACGCUUAGUAAGGAAUUCAUUUAUCGUUGAAUUGGUAGAUGGUCAUCGAAAGUUGCGUCAUUUAUUCCUGUUCAACGAUGUGAUUGCGUGUGCAAAGUAUAAAGCAAGCGGUCGUGAUCGUUUUGAAUUUGAAUUGAAAUGGUUCAUAAGUGUCAAAGAUAUUUUCAUUCCAAGUGAUGAUUUUGUAUUGCGUAGCCCAAGCGCAUCGACCAUAACAAAUCCGCUGGGCAUUGAUGCCAAGGAGAACAAUCCAUCGAAUUUAUUAUCGUUGAAAACGCAAGCAUCGGCCGUACGCGAUUUAAUUUUAGCCGAAGAACGUGAUGAUAAAAAGCAUAAACUUUAUAGUUCACGUUCGAUUGAUAAAUGUCGAAAGAAAUUACAUGAUAUUGAAGCGCAGCUGGUGUUGGCAUCACCGAAUUUAGUUUUUCGAUUGGGCAAUAAGACAAACAAUAAAAUUUCCACAUUUUUCUUGAGCUCACAAUUCGAACGAAAUCAAUGGAUUGACUCGAUAAUCGGUUUACAAGAAUCAUGCAAUUUAUUAAUUGCACAACAAGUUAAUUUAUUAGAUUUACAAGCAUGGAUUGCCGCCUGUCAGACAUUCGUCAAAACCGAAAUGGGAUCAUAUUUGAUGCGAAAUAGCCGAGAUGAAAGUUUACUAAUUGGCGAUUUGCAUCUAACUAUUCUCGGGGUGUCUGGUUUCGAUAAGCCAUCGGAUUUGUUUUGUUGCGUUGAAGCUGAUUCGUAUGGACAUUAUUUUCAUAAGGCCACCACAAAAACACCAAGAAAUUGCGUUAAUCCACAAUGGAAUGAGAACUUCUUGGUUGAACUUGAAGGAUGUCAAAAUAUGCGAUUUUUAUUAUAUGAAGACACUGGCAACACCAGACCAAUGCUCAAGGCCGAACAUGUAUUAAAGUUAAGUCGAAAAUGGCUCGAAGAUGCGCCAAAUGCCAAAUCAUUAAAACUAACCGAUGCGAUUACAUUGAAUAUCAUCAUCCGAUUUGCAAAUGAAGAGCUUCAAUCGUGUCGUGUGCCAAAUACAAAAGCAGGACCAAUAUUUGGCGUCAAAUUUCAGCAAUUAUUAAAACGUGAAAAACGAGACAUUCCAUUCAUAAUAACUUCAUGCAUUCGAGAGGUGGAACGGCGUGGAAUGCUAGAAGUGGGUAUUUAUCGUGUCAGCGGUUCAGCCAGUGAUUUGGCAAGACUCAAGAAAGCAUUCGAAACGAACAAUUAUGAAGCCGAACAACAAUUGAAAGACGUGGACAUACAUUCGGUGACCGGUAUAUUUAAAGCAUAUCUACGUGAAUUACCAGAGACUCUAUUCACCGAUGUUCUAUAUCGGCGUCUCAUCGAAACAUUCAAUAAAUUUAGCAACAUCAAUGAGAAUGAACUAAGCCAUGAAUUACAGAAAAUAUUUGCCGAUAUUCCACCGCAAAGUAAAUCAACCAUUAAUUUCAUUUUGGAUCAUUUGUUGAAAGUUCAUCAACAAGAAAAUGAGAAUAAAAUGUCACUGCAUAAUUUGGCAAUGGUGUUUGGGCCGACAUUAUUGCGGCCAGCUUUAAAUGCGACCAAACAAAAAGAUCAACUUGAAACGAGCACCGUGGAUGUUAUGGCACAGGCCGGCAUUUUAUACUGUUUCUUGCAAGCAAGAAAGAAGUAAGCACAGAAUAACUGAAAGCAUCGCACAACCCAUAACGUGAUUUGAAAUAGAACGAGAACAAAAAUGAAAUUCACAGAUAUUGAUUUAUCCGUUGCAAACCACAUCAAAUGACGUGAAUUGUUUUGGGAAUUGAUAACAAGUUCGAGGGUUCACAUUUUGAAAUUCACAGCUGAUUCAGACAGAAAUACAUUUUAAGUUUAUCGCUGACUGAAAAUUUUAAUGCGAUUUGUAUUUUAACUGACGGAAGUUUGUUUCCUGUACGUUUUGGAUUUUAAAAUGUGAUGCUGCUAUUUUUGGCAUCAAAACUUUAUCAAAGUCCACUAAAAAUAAACAGCAUUUUUUUCAAAAAUUUGAAUUCAGUUUUUUGUUGCUGUAAAGAUAUAAAGAUAUCUGGAAAUGCUUUUGUUUAAUUUAUCUAAUGACGAAUUGUUGAGAUAGUUUGUGAAAAAAAUUAUUGAAUUAUAACGUUCAACGAAUCUAUUUGUUUCGUUAGGCUUUGUUUUUUAUUUGUUAUUUUUUUUUCAUCGUAUAUGUAGAUGAAGGAAAAAAUGAUUAUGUUUUCCUCAUCCACCGUUAUCUUUGUGCAAGAACAAGUAAAUACGAUCCGUUUUUUAUUUGUAAUUUAAAAUAAAAAUAAAAGUAAAUUCUUCCAUUUUUACUAAUUUACCUCCGAAAA